CUCAAACAAACCAGUUGGUCUAGAUUGUGCACAGGUCCUCGUAACAGGUGCUUUAAAAUAUAUAUAUACCCACCCUAUAUUUUUAAACAGUGGAAUUCGUGCAUAAUAGAGUCGAUGUAUGUGCUGUGUCUGUCUGUAGUAAGCCCGCGUAAAAAUAUUACUAUCUGCGGGUUAGCACUGCUUGAAACGUUAGCCUGGUUACCAGGCUACCAAUGAAUGCUAACCGGGUUAUAGCUCCUAAAAACGGCAGGAACAAAGCUCCAGUCGGGCGGAUGAAGGAACACCGAGCCUUCAGAGCCAGCAGAGUGCUGGCUGAGAGGAACCAGGCGGUGGUGGCGGUGGGAGCCUGGGUGGAGGGCGGACAAGACUUCGUGGAGCAUCCGGCUGCUCUUGCUUUGCUGACUGAUGAGCUACAGGCAGAGAAAAGGAGGGAGAACGAAGAGAGCCUUCAGCGUUUUCAGGAUGAAGUGCGCCACCGUGUGGCACAGAAAGCACAUUUGUUCAAGAAGAGACAGCAGCUGCAGACAGAUCCAGUGGUGACACCUGACACGCGAGUCAUCUGGACCCAUCAUGAAGGUGAGACAGUGAGAACUGCUGCACAGCAAAGGGUGAUGGAGAGGAGACCUCAGGAGUCUGCUGAAGGCAUGAGGCAGGUCAGACUCAGACUGGCUGCCUGUCAGGUGAUGCAGCAAGAGGAAACAACGUCAGAACUUCCUGGAGGCAGCUGGAACAUCUCUCAAACGAGACAUAAAGCAGAAUCUCAUGCUCUGGGAGCAGAGGAGGAUGCUCUAGGAGAGGAAGAUGAUGUUGUCUUCACCAGUCGACAUGAAUGUCCACUUGUUCAACAGAAGGGAAGUGAACGUCCACUGUGGAAUCCUGAACAAUCACAACCUGAUUCGGGAUUCACAUCCAGCUUCAGAAUCUGGCCUCUGACUGACCAAGAAGAACUGAAAAGACAGCGCCAGUCUCAGUUCCUGAUGCACCGCCGCUUGGCCAUGAACAUCGAGAGAGAGCAAGUGAAGGAGAACAAGCAGCACAGGAAGCACCUGAAACAGACAGCAAGGAUCAAAGCAGAGAAAGAACAGAUGCGUCUGGAGGAGGAGAGGAAGCUGGAGAGAGUUCGACAGCUCGCAGAGGCCAGGCAGAAGCUGGAGGAGAGGGAGCUGCUGAUUCUGGAGCGACUAAAGCUUGAGGAGGAGGAGGAGAGAGCUGUGGAGCUACAGAGGAGGAAAAGAGAGGAGAAAGGCAAAGUAGCUGCUAGGUUCAUUGAAGCUCUGAGAGCUCAAAUGAAGGAGCGAAUGUCUCAGGCGAAACUGGAGCUCCCUCCUCUCUGCUGCUGUGCGUCCUCGUUCUGGGACUCCCACCCCGACACCUGCGCUAACAACUGUGUUUUCUACAAUAAUCCCAAAGUGUAUGCCCAGGCCCUACAUUCAGCGUUGGCGAGUUUGGAUUUGCAGUAAAAGGAAGCUGAUGUCUGCCUAAAGGUCCGGUCUCAGAUUUUGGAAAAUCUUGUGUACGUUUUCUAGCCUACGUUCAGAUCAGUGCUCUCGCUCAGCACUGAGGAGUCCAGGACACGUUGAGCCUCCACAAUAGAAGAGAUUUAUAUGUUUCAGUUUAUUGUUGUCUUCCAGAAGUAAAAUCGUACGUUUCACGUAUGAUUUGGUGCACAGAUUGUUUUCUAAAUGAGCAAUAACAAACAUGAUGUUUCUCUUUGCCUUUGACUCCUGUCUUUGCCUGUUGCGUUAUUAUUAUCUUCACUUUCCCCAGAUCUUUGAUUUUAAUACUUGGAAAUCUGAUCAUGUUGUCACUGAACAGUCAGAUUCCUAUAUUUAUUCUGCUGGUUGUGAAGAAUGACAUGGAGUAUAAAAUUUCCUUUUGAACUCUU